AUGGAUAUGGACUUGGUAGGAUAUCAAUUCACUUGGGAAUCAGGAAGAGGUUUUGAGAGGUGGGUGGAGGUGAGAAUCGAUAGAGCCUUGGUAUCGCAGCAAUGGGCAUAUUAUUUUACAAAUGCAAAGCUAAGUAAUCUUGAACUUUCUCCUUCUGAUCAUUGUCCGUCGAUGCUUGAAUUAAUUCAUAAGGUUCAUGGCCCAAGGAUGAGGAAGUUUAAAUUUGAAAAUGCUUGGUUAAGAGAACCAUUGUGUAAACAAGUGGUAAAAGAUAAUUGGGAAAUUUGUUGUAACAUAGUCAUUCAAAGUAAGAUUCGACACUGUGGAGAGAUUUUGUUGCAGUGGGGCUUUGAGUAUACUGGUAAUUUUAGGCUCCUGAUUCAGGACUGUAAGAGGCAUAUAAGAAGUUUGAAACAAGGCAGGGAUCUGAACUCUAUUAAGAGCUAUGAAGAAGAACAAAAGAAGUUGUUUGAGAUUUUAGCACAAAGGGAAGUAUUUUGGAGGUAG